AUGCGAAAGAAUAAUACCUGGGUUCCCAUAGAAUCUAACCCAGAUUCUUUGUAUUUAUAUUCCUGUAAGCUUGGGCAAACAAAGUUAAAAUUUGUAGACAUUUAUGGUUUCGAUAAGGAGUUGUUAGAUAUGAUACCUAGACCAGUUCAUGCAAUCAUAUUUUUAUAUCCAUUAAAUGAAAAUAUAACUAGCGAAAUAAAUUCAAGUGAAGGGAAUUUGAAACUAACUUAUGAGAACGUUUGGUUCAUAAAACAAACUGUACCCAACUCAUGUGGGACUAUUGCUCUUUUCCACGUACACUGUAACUUGAAAAGUAAAUUUGAGUUCGAUAAGGGCUCUAUCUUGGACAAUUUUUUUGACAAAGUUAAAGAAAUGACUCCAGAAAAAAGAGGACAGGAAUUCCAAAACACCAAGAGCAUAGAGCUGUUACACCAUGAAUUUUGUGGUGAUCUCUCAAGUGCAGGAGAAAAUAAUGACGUUGAUACACACUUCAUUGUUUUCUUAGAAAAUGAUGGGCAGCUAAUUGAACUGGAUGGACGAAAAGAUGAACCAGUUAUUCACAGCUCAACGACUCCGAAAAAUUUUAUUUACGAUGCAGGAAAUAUAAUACAAAAGGUGUUUAUAGAAAAGUGUCAAGGCGACAACAGAUUUUCAGCUUUAGCAGUUGUGUCAAGUGAUGAUGCGUAA